CCUCGUUUGGUAGCGAGGUGGUGAAUGCUAAAACGACUGCAAAGUUGUAAAGCUGUGCGUAAUAUCAUCACUGAAGGGACAUCGGGCACUGACAGCUCUGCGUAGACAACAAGAGGACAUUUCCCAGAGAACUCAAAGGUCGCUGGAUAGUGGACCGUCAUAUAGUUAGUCGGGUAUUCCCGAACCAGGUAUAAUGUUUUUCCUCGUUUCCCGUGAACGCGCCGGUUGCUGAUGUCAUUAAAACAGGUGCGCAAACCCAAGUUAACAAUAGGGUCGCCCUAGAACUACAUACGGAUGUCAUUUGUGUCUGAUGCAUUUCAUUCAUCACCGGUAUUACGCAGCGAUUUAAGAUUGUGUUAUUUUUACAUGGCGGGAUAGAGUAGGCUGUCCUGCCUCGGAUGGUAGCGUAUUUCCUCGUUUUUCUUUCCUAGAAAGCGUUUGUUUGGAACAUUUGACGCCCGACAUCUGUCGCUACUCCUUGGUGAGCAGCAGCAUAGUUAGGAUUUUAAGGCAACGAGGAUUGUUUGGUCGUGUCCUUCUACAUUCGCGUGAGCUGAAUUUAUGCGAUAUCACGAGCGAUGUCACCUCUGAAGUUUUGAAUACGUUUUACCUAUUCGACCAAGAGAUGGGAAUCGGACCGAUCUGCAUUACUGCGCUCUAAACGGGAAAAUUUAAGGAAAUAACUUGUUUUGUUUAAAACACUCAAGGAUUAACCAUGUCCAAGACCCUGAAAAAGAAGAAACAUUGGUCCGGUAAAGUCCAGGAAUGUGCUGUAUCGUGGGGUAACGCCGGGGAGCUCAGCGCCGUGCUGGAGAUAUGCGGCGGAGCCGAACACGGAGAGUUCCCGCACCUGGGACAGGUGUUGUCGGACGCGGUCGUGUGCCAUGUCGGCAGGUUGCCUUGUCCGGGAGACGUGCUGCUAGAGGUGAACGGCACGCCUGUCAGCGGAUUGACGAACAGAGACACCCUCGCCGUCAUCCGCCACUUUCGCGAGCCCCUCCGUCUGAAGUCUGUAAAGCCAGGUAAGGUGUUGAACACGGAUCUGCGUCACUACCUCAGCCUGCAGUUCCAGAAAGGCUCCUUGGACCACAAGCUUCAGCAAGUGAUCAGAGAUAACCUCUACCUGCGCACAAUUCCCUGUACCACAAGGCAACCUCGGGAUGGGGAGGUUCCAGGAGUGGACUAUAAUUUCAUCAGCGUGGGGGAGUUUCGUGUGUUGGAGGAGAGCGGGCUGCUGCUGGAGAGUGGAACCUAUGAUGGAAAUUAUUAUGGCACCCCAAAGCCACCAGCAGAACCCAGUCCAGUGCAGCCAGACCUUGUGGACCAGGUCCUGUUUGAUGAGGAGUUUGACACCGAGGUCCAACGCAAGCGCACCACAUCUGUCAGUAAAAUGGAUAGGAAGGACAGCGCAGCUCCGGAGGAAGAGGACGAGGAAGAGAGACCGCCUAUAGUAAACGGCCUGACAGAACACAAGGAGGGACCCGAGUGGAGGAGGGCUGUGCCCAGCUACACACAGUCCAGCAGCGGUAUGGACUUUCGCACCUGGAACAGCCUGCCACGUGAUGAGAGCCAGGAGCCUUUGCCGAAGAGCUGGGAGAUGGCCUACACGGAGACGGGGAUGGUCUACUUUAUUGAUCACAAUUCCAAGACCACGACCUGGCUCGAUCCACGACUGGCAAAGAAAGCCAAGCCUCCAGAAAAAUGCGAGGAAGGAGCCGCCUCUGAUGUGCCUGACUGCUUCUCUGUAGAGCUUCCAUAUGGUUGGGAGAAGAUUGAAGACCCGCAGUAUGGGACUUAUUACGUGGACCACAUCAAUCAGAAGACUCAGUUUGAGAAUCCGGUGCAGGAGGCCAAGAAGAAAAUCGUCCCGGAGUCUCCAUCCAGUCAGCCAACAGCAGCAGCUGCAGAACCAACGCCCUUAAAUGAAUCCGGUUUGAGAGGAUUUACACGAGAUCCGUCUCAGUUGCAAGGGGCUAUUCUGUGCACGACGCUGAAGAAAAGUCCUCUGGGCUUCGGCUUCACCAUCAUCGGUGGAGAUCGGCCGGACGAAUUCCUGCAAGUGAAGAACGUCUUGAGAGAUGGACCGGCUGCGCAAGAUAACAAAAUCGCUUCUGGUGACGUCAUUGUGGACAUAAAUGACACAUGCGUGCUGGGCAAGACCCACGCAGAUGUGGUGCAGAUGUUCCAGUCCAUUCCCGUGAAUCAGUAUGUUGACAUGGUGCUGUGCCGUGGAUACCCGCUGCCAGAGGACACCAACUCCAGCGAAGAGGGCACUGGGGACAUGAUGCCCGGCGUGCCAGGGAUGAACGGUCUGCCCGUGCAUUCAGAUGGCACCCCGUCCCCCCAGGACCCUCAUUACAUAAAAACUGAUGGAAGACACCCAGCGAUGCCCAACGGCCGCAACCCGGAGGCGGGGGAGACCACCCUGCUGCAGCCCGAGCUGGUCAGCGUCCCUCUGGUGAAGGGCCCGAGCGGAUUUGGCUUCGCGAUUGCGGAUUGUCCUCUGGGACAGAAGGUGAAGAUGAUUCUGGAUGCCCAGUGGUGUCGAGGUCUGCUGAAAGGGGACGUGAUAAAGGAAAUCAACAGGCAGUAUGUGCAGACCCUCAGCCACGCGCAAGUAGUGGACAUCCUGAAAGAUUUGCCAGUGGGCAGCGAGGUCAACCUGCUGGUGCUCAGAGGAGGUCAAACAUCUCCCGUGAAGUCUCUGAAACCUAUAACUUCUGCUAUCCCCAUAACCCACAAGCAGGACAUUCCCUCAAUUCAGAAGCCAGACAUUCCCCCAACCCACAAGCAGGACAUUCCCACCAGCUCCAUCAGCACCGAAUCUCCCAGUCCGGCCGAGCCCGCCCCACAGUCCCUCCCCUUCCCACCUCAUGCCGUCCGCUCCAGCUCACCCAAACUGGACCCGUCUGAGCUCUACCUCAAGUCUAAAGCCCUGCUGGACAGCAAGCCUCUCAACACUAAAGACCUGGACGUGUUUAUCAAGAGGAACCAGGAGACUGGAUUUGGCUUCCGAGUGCUGGGUGGAGAAGGGCCGGAUCAGCCGGUCUACAUCGGUGCCAUCGUACCUCUGGGUGCUGCGGAGAAAGACGGCCGGCUGAGGGCCGGCGAUGAGCUCAUCUGUAUCGACGGCGUUCCAGUCAAAGGCAAAUCUCACAAACAAGUCCUGGAGCUCAUGACCAACGCCGCCCGCAACGGGCAGGUGAUGCUGACGGUGCGCAGAAAGCUCACGUAUCCAGCAGAAAGAGACGAAGAAAACAUGGCACAACCUCAAGCUCCACACGCUCCUGUGCUGGUGAAUGGCUCGCCCAAGCCGCCCCACAUCGAGGUGCCCGGCCACGCCCACCCUCAACCCUACGAUGUCACCCUGCAGCGCAGAGACAAUGAAGGCUUCGGAUUCGUCAUCCUCACAUCUAAAAACAAGCCUCCACUGGGAGUUAUCCCCCAUAAGAUCGGUCGCAUCAUAGACGGCAGUCCUACCGACCGCUGUGGUCGGCUCAAAGUGGGCGACCGCAUCUCCGCCGUUAACGGCCAGUCAAUUAUUGAGCUGUCACACAACGACAUCGUGCAGCUUAUCAAAGAUGCCGGAAACGCCGUCACGCUCACGGUGGUCCCCGAGGAGGAACACAGCGGCCCUCCGUCAGGCACCAGUUCGGCGAAGCAGAGCCCAGCCGCUCAGCACAGAGCUGUGGGACAGCAGCCUGUCAGCCGAGAUGACAGGAACGGAAUGGAGACAGAGGACAGGAAGGACACGGCAGCCCGAGCCGAGUACAAAUCCCCGCCUCAGGGUGAGAUGGGACCUGUCAUCACCUCAGGGCCGAAGCAGGGCUGUUUUCCGGUGGAGUUGGAGAGAGGGCAGAGAGGUUUUGGCUUCAGUCUGCGGGGAGGGAAGGAAUAUAAUAUGGGUCUCUUUAUCCUCAGAUUGGCUGAAGACGGUCCUGCUCUGAAAGAUGGCAGGAUACAUGUGGGAGAUCAGAUCGUCGAGAUCAACGGUGAACCCACGCAGGGCAUCACGCACACACGGGCUAUUGAGCUGAUCCAGGCUGGAGGAAAUAAAGUGUUGCUGCUUCUGAGGCCUGGACUGGGCCUGGUGCCUGAUCACAAUGUUCAGAAGGAUAUGAUGACAGGUCCAUCUCCAAACUCUUCGAGAUAUUCUGCAUCCAAUGAGCCGUCAGCACCAGCAUCUCCGCCAUCCUCCACCUCUCGUUCGACUGAAAUCAACCCCUAUACAUCCGAGAACCUCCUCGACCCGGCAGCUGCUUCUCAUGGGCUUCAACAACUUAACAGAGACACCAAACACCAAGCUAGAAAGAGUGACUCAAGCAUGCCUCGUGACAACAAUGACAAUUUUGCCACCUCCCAAACGCUGGAUAGAUCACGCUCGGAUGUGAAGGAACGUUCACGCAGUCCGAAAAAGAAUGUGGAGAACAAGAAUGGUCUACAGAAUCUUGAUGUUAAAAAGGAAAGAAACCCUUACGGGCACAUGGAGAGAGGAGAUCGAUCCCCUAGCCCGAGGAAAAGGAAAGGGGAAAUUGGGAUCAGACAGGAAGUGACUCAAAAGGGCGUUAGUGGACAGAAGUCUAGCUCUGGAACGAACAAAGAUAGGAGGUACAAGGAAGAAGACCCGCAAAGACAGGACAGAGAAACGGGAGAGACCAAGCCUGACGUUACACGAGGAAGCAGUGAUAGAUAUCAGAGGGACCAGAUAGCAGAGCCUCAGAGAUCUCAGAGCGGUACCCUCAACCGAAAGGACCAGAGAGAGAGCAGGCCUAAAGGAUCGACACAAGAGGCCCUUCGAGAGUCUACAACCAAGAAAGCCCCUAUAACCCCAGGACCCUGGAAGGUGCCCAGCUCGGCCAGGGUUCAGCCUCCCGUGCAUGGGGUCUAAUGCAUUCUGGAGAUGUUGGCGGUAAAGAUGAAAGUUUGAGGAGAAUCAGGAAUGUGGUGGUUAAAAACAGUUGUUUCUUGUGAAUCACUGUGUAACUUUUGAUUUUUUUUGUAUGAUUCCUAUCAAAUAGUAUCUACACUGUUAACAUGCAUUGUUUAAUCAGUGUUCUGAAAAGACUGCUUCCACUAACAAAAUAAGAGCCAUCGGUUUUGUUUUGUGCCAAUCGGACUGCAGCUAUGUCUCUCUGUUCCUGUGAAUCCCUGUUGGGUUGCUUUGAAAUGUCUGGAAAACAAUGAAGGAUGUUUAUUUUCUGAGAAGGUUUAAAAUGUGGUGUACAGUCUAGUACUCUGUAUUAAUUCUCCAACCUUUGUUUUGCCGCAUGUCCUUAUGAUUUUUUAUGAUACUUCAAGAUCCAUUCCAGGAUUAUGUUCACUUUGUGUGUAGGCUUUGCAAGUGUUGCACUGAUUCAUUUUCUUUUACGAUCGACACAUAUCUAUCUUUAAAAGACCAGACACUUGUGGUUAAGUAUAUUGUUUACUAUCUGUGUGUUUAUGAAGACGCAUAUGUAAUUUAUUGAAAUUAAUAUUACGAUAUAAACAUAUACGUGUAUAUAGAUAUUGAUAUUUGUAUCCAUUCUGAGCCAGGCCACUUAUUAGUGUUCCAGCUUGCUGAUAAUACUUUAGGCUUCCUAACAAGUAUAGAUAUGUAUUUUUUUUUAGUGCUGUAGCUUUUACAGUUAUUCUCAGUAGACCGUUUAGCAAGGUGUGUACAUUUGGGGUGAAUUCAAGUGUUGGGUCAUAUCAUUAAAACAUUAAGCAAAAGCGGGAGAAAAUAUAUCUUUAUAUUUUUGCAUAUGAUCCAAUCUAACAUAUUAUUUUCCUAUUCUCUUAAGCACAUUUCACUUUCUGAUCAAAUAUAUUGACAUUGUUCUAUCAAUAAGGGGAAUUUUUAUUUGAAGUGUCUUCUCACAUCUGUACCUUACUGAUCAUCAAGAUGUCUUACACCCAAAGGAAAUGUAGCUUGGUCUUGUCUAUAUAACUGUUCCAAUUUUGUUAUGAAAUGUCUCAAACAUGGUAGAUUUUAUUCAUGGGGCUCACAAAUAUUGUCACAGGUUCAAACUCAAGAUACAACAGAAAUUGUGUCGACUGAUCUGGUGUCUGAUAUCUGUUUUUUCCAUGAACAGUAUUUUUACCUACAUCAAACAGUGAGUAUCUUACAGUCAUAAAUGCAGAACAGACAUCAGUCAAACAUUACAUACGCUAUAACAGUCGAGUGAAUCGAUAGUGACCAUAAAAAAUGUGAAUACUUUCUAAACGGAGUUUGCUUCUCGAUCAUUAAUCUCUGCGGUUUUUGUAGCUCGUUUCUCUUGUGCAUCUCAUGAGGUUGUAUGAAUGAUAUUGUGGCCUUGCAUUGCUUUAUCUCACACAAAAAGCCUUGUGGUCUCUACAUUGUGGUAGUUGUAAAUGUUUAUAAAACAAUGUACAGCACCUGUAUAAAAACUUGCCUUUGUGAGGGGGAAAAAGAAAUAAAAAAUAUAAAUCGCUCCAUUAUUUUUUUAAGUAAUCGAGAGUAUGAAAUUAUAUAGAGAGUGGAAAUGAAUAUGGUCAUGACGGUCUGUUCAUGCACUGAUAAAUAAAGAUUUACUGAUUUAAAAAAACAGUGUUUCCUUUGCUUCUUUUUGGUGCUCAUCACAUAACCCCAAUGUUAUCAUCCCUUCACUGG